UCACAGCAGCAGCUGCAGCAGCUCGUGCCGCCGAGGCGUUCAAGGACGAUCAUGCAAGUCAACUUUUCUGAUGUGGAAUUAGAAAUAAGCAGCAACCCUUCAUCCUUGUGAGGAAAGAAAAAAUAACAUAUUCAUGAACCGGGUCUGCUGAAAUGGCUUGUCCGGAGGAAUUUAGCAGAGCGCGCGCAGUGUUUCUGACUCUUUUAUUCGGGAGCGCCUUGCAAGGUGCACACUGUCAGCUGGUGGUCUCUCCAGUCGGCCCCUCCCUGCUCUCCGUCCUGGCCGGCAGCAAUGUGACCCUGGCUGUGUCCUUCAGUGGGGCUCCUGACCCCGUGGUGACCUGGUUCAGCGGGUCUUUACCUGUCGCCACCUGGACCGUGAACUCCAGCGAAGUUCCAGACAUUGACAUAAACAGGAGGGAUGUGCUCAGGGUUGAGAGGAAUGGAUCCCUGACCUUUGUGAACGUGCCUCUCUCCUAUGACAGUAACUACACUGUUGAAAUGACCAAAUCUGGACUGGAGAAGGCUGCCACGUCUUUCUCUCUCCGAAUAUUUGAAACCUUCCAGAACGUGACUCUGACCACAGAGUCAGAUUUCGCCAAAGAGGGAAGCGAUGUGUUCAAGCUACGCUACAGUCUGCAGCGAGGAGUGGUCCAGCAUCAGGUGUGGCUUUUCAAUGGCGGAGAGAUAGAAAGCGGCUCUCGUUAUCUGAUGGAGCAAGCGAACCUUUCAAUCCUCCGCCCAGACCGGACCGACACGGGCGAGUAUGCAGUGCUGCUCACGAAUCCCUUCAGCAGCGCAAUGGCUCGCACCAACGUCACUGUGCGGUAUGGACCAGAUGAGCCCGUCUUGACAACCCAUCCACCUCAGGAUUUUUAUGUAUCUGGAGAGUCCGUCACUCUCACCUGCCGGUCCGAGGGAUUCCCUCAGCCGACGUCUGCGUGGGCCUUCGGUGGAAAAAUCCUGAAUGACUCCCACCAAGGAGUCCUGAAUCUAGUCAAUGUGUCUACCACUCAAGGGGGUGUUUAUGUAUGCAUGGUGUUUAACGAAAACUCUAAAGAACGGCGUGAAAAGAGCCUGACACUAAACAUUUACGAGCGACCGCUGCGUGACUCGACAUGCUCUGUGGAGUCGUUGAACGACACCAAGCUGCUGUUUCACUGUGCGUGGAUGGGAGGAACGCCGCAAGCUGAGCUGUCCUUCCCAGCUAUAGAUCCUAAUAACAAUGGACUCGGGAACUUCAGUGUGACUCUAGAAGCCUCCGACUCUCUGAACGGCAGGAUUAUACAGUGCAUCGCAGAACACAUACUCGAAAAACAGUCAUGCAAUAUAACAGCAAGAAGUCCGUCAAAGUUUGUUCCCGCUGUGAGAACCGACGUGAGCAAUGAGGGCAAAAUAGUGGUCAGUAUCCAGUGUUUGAGCGAAGCCUCGCCCCAGGCUGUGGUGUCAUGGUCCAGAGGCAGCCAGGCUGUCACCAACGGGGCAACGCACGGCAUCAGCAGGGACACCACGCUGCUCACCAUCCGCCACAACAAUGUCAGCAGCUUUCUCCUCCAGAACUACACGUGCACGUGCAGCAACCCGCUGGGCAGCCGGAGGAGGGAGAUCCAGCUGCAAGGUCCGUCCAUCUCAGAUUCCGGUUUGUUCCCUAAUCAAGAUGGAACCAUCAUCACGUUGACCUGGGAGGUCCCGCGCACGUCUGUGGUUACUGGGUUUGACAUCCAAAUGAAAGGUCCAGACCUCCAAAGCAACACCUCAAAUGCCAUUAACACUAAAGCGCGAUCCGAUCAGUACCGCACCAUCCAGCAGAAGGCCGGCUUUGAGAGGAAGACGGACGUCUAUGUCCUCGAUCCUAAAUCGACCUACCGGUUUCGGAUCAUCCCCAAAGCUCGUCUGACACCAGGAGAGCCGUCCGAGGUCCACAGGAUAGGUCCAGGUGACGGACUAAGUGGUCCAGCCAUUGCUGGGAUAGCAGCUGGAAUCCCCUGCAGCCUUCUCUUCCUGCUCCUGCUGUGCUGCCUCGUCUAUUUCUGUGUCUCCUACUGCAGGAACAAAAAUAAUCAAACUCCAUAUCCGGUCUCCAGAGCCGUUGAGAAGGCUAAAACAGCCCAAACAGAUAAAAGUCCUCAUAUCCUGCUGGCUGGAGGGCUGAAGUCUCCACCUGACUACAACAGAUUACACCUGGCUCCGUCUGAAAGGUCUGCAGAUCUGCCCAUGUUUGUCCCGCCGCCGCCUGUCAGAGUGGCUACAACCGUGUAAACAUUCGCAUUGAUUUGGAUAUAAAUGUGGAAUUUAUACUUUAUUUUAAAGUUUUUAUUUAAGUUAAUAUUUGUAUAGUUUUAAUCACAAUAUAAAUCCUCUAUAAUAAGUGUAUUUUUUUGUAUAUACGUGAUUAAAGGUUUUCUUUUGUAACUGUAUUCCCUCAUAGUAAUAAAUAAUGGUAUAAAACA